AACAGACAUCCGCAGUAAGCAGUUCAUUCUGCUCUUAUCUGUUUACCUUUAAAGACACAAAUAGGACUGAGGCAGGACACAAAGUUUCUGGACUGGAACUAAAGCCUAAACAAAAAUCUGAGGAACCUUUUUAUUCACAGGAUGGAUCACAUGCUGACUUUACUGCUGCGACUAUGGCCAUUUGUAUUUUUGAUCAUCAUGAUAUCGGCGCAAGACAAUGUAUGUUUGAGACCUGAAAUGGCUGCCAACAUUGAAAUGGAUGGGCUCCAGAGAUACUUCAGCCCUGGUGUGGAGGUAGCGCUGUCCUGUAAACCAGGAUACACCUCCUUGUUGGGUCCUCGCAAAAUUGUUUGCACUAUCAGAGGCGAAUGGACGAAAACCAAGUUCAUGUGCAUACCUAAAAUGUGUCCCUCUCCUGAUCCACCGUCCAAUGGAGAAUUGUACUAUGAAGAUACAGUGUAUCAGAGCACAAUCAACUAUACCUGUAAUGAAGGGUACGUCUUGAAUGGAGCUUCCACUGUAAUGUGUCUCGCUAGUGGAACAUGGAGUGCACCAACUCCAGAGUGCAAAUCUGUUUCCUGUGGUCUUGCUCCAAUCCCACAGUUCGGUAUGAUAAUUUACGACAGGUUGAUCAGAGGGGGCACCAUUGAUUAUGGUGUCACAGGGACAUACCGAUGCCGGCCUCCGUUUGCACUGUUUGGCAAUGCAAGAGCAGAGUGCACCGCCAGUGGGAAGUGGACCGAGACACCAGAAUGUCGACAGGUGUCAUGCCCUCCACCAGAAAAUAUCAAUGAAGGCUUCAUGUCAGUCAGCCUCAAGGAGGAGUUUGACUUCAUGGACACAGUAAACUAUGGCUGCAAUGGUGACUAUGUUCUGGAGGGAAAUCUGCAAAUUGUCUGCCAACAGAAUGGGAAUUGGUCUGAGAAGCCGUCCUGCAAGGCUCCUUGCCGGGUUGACAUACGGAGAGGAAGGAUAUUAUACAGAGGGCGAAAACUCUGGAUUGAAGACCUACAACCAAACAAACUCCUACAUGGAGAAAUUGUUUCAGUUUACUGCAAGGACAAAGCUGGGAAAUGUGGCUAUGCAGUGUCAACGCAGUGCAUUGAUGGGGUUCUCAAAAUCCCUGAAUGCUUUGAGGAGCCCAGUGGAGCUGCGUAUAACCUUUACGCCAAUACACUCCCAUCUGAAAUCAAACAGUGUUAAGACAGCAAGAGAUCUCCUCUGUCAUUGAUGAAUGUAACUAUUUCUUGAUCUCUGUUGUAAAAGAAUUGUUUUUUAAUUGUACUGUCUUCUUGUUCCAAUGAAUUAAAAAUCUGAAUGUUGCAG